GUUGACUCAUAGUCGGUCGAAUAAUAUGUGCUGGCUUGACUCCUUUGAACUUGUCCACUCGUUUGCUGACCGGCCGCCCACCAACUUUUUCAGUCAGCGAGAGCUUAUUAGACAUUCUCUGGCGAGAGAUUCAUUUGUUCAAUCAUUCAUUUGCGCAUCGUUUAUGACAUAAAAGACCGCGGAAAGCGGUCUCGUUAGAAUCUAUAGUAUUGCUGUGUUGCUGCGAUUAACCAAGAUAGUACCCGACAAAUAUGUUGCUGCGACGAAUUCGCCUGCCUUGGUUUUCUGUGUUGAAGGCUCAGGUGACAAUACCUGCUCGAUUGCAACGUUCAUGUGAAACUCUGAACAGCAACCGCUGGCUGCACACAACUCCUCACCCAAGCCUUUGCUCCUGGAAGGCCAGGGACGAUUGUUUAGAGCUUAAAUAUGGUGGACUAGUCAUGCAGUUUGACUACAUGUGGCUGAGGGACCACUGCCGCUCUGCAUCGUGUUAUAACAGCAAGACCAAUCAACGGAGCCUGGACACUGCCAGUAUUGACCUCAGUAUACGUCCAGACCAGACAAGGGUUGAUAAUGAAAAUCUUUUCUUGACAUGGCCAGAUGGUCACAUUACACAAUAUAAACUGGAUUGGCUAGUACAGAACAGCUAUGAGGGUCAGAAACAUAGUGCCAUGCAGCCACGUAACCUAUGGAAUGCCAGCAGCUACACACGUGCUGAUGCUCGCUCUGCCAGAUGGGAGAAGUUCAUGAGCUGUGACCAAGAGCUGAAACUUUUUCUCAACAACUUCUUGCUCUAUGGCAUUGCCUUCGUGGAGGAUGUGCCAGCGACUGUUGAAGCCACAGAACUGGUGACACAGAGAGUCAGUCUCAUUAGGGAGACAAUGUAUGGAAGGAUGUGGAGUUUUACCUCUGACUAUUCCCGAGGAGACACGGCCUAUACCAAACUGGCAUUAGACCGCCACACUGAUACUGCAUAUUUUCAGGAGCCCUGUGGGAUCCAAGUGUUCCACUGUCUUAGACACGAGGGCACUGGUGGCAGGACACUGCUUGUGGACGGCUUCCAUGCGGCAGACCAAGUUCUUCAGAGGUCGCCUGAGCUCUUUGCGAUCCUCUCACAGGUGCCCAUAAAGCAUGAGUACAUAGAGAAUCUCAGUGAUCAUUGCAACCACAUGAUUGGCAUCGGUCCAGUACUGAACGUUUACCCGUGGAACAAUGAAGUCUACAUGAUUCGCUAUAAUAAUUAUGACCGUGCAGUGAUCAACACAGUCUCACAAGAUGUGGUUCAGCGUUGGUACAGGGCGCAUCGUGCGUUGACCUCAGAGCUAAGAAAUCCAGAGAAUGAGCUGUGGGUGAAGCUGAAGCCUGGGAAGGUCAUCUUUAUUGACAACUGGCGGGUUCUGCAUGGAAGAGAGUCGUUUACAGGCCUGAGGCAAUUGUGUGGAUGCUACCUGACCCGUGAUGAUGUCCUCAACACGGCACGCUCACUGGGGCUCAAGGCAUGAAGACAUUAGGCUCUCCUCUCAAAACUCUCAAAUCAACUCCAAUAGAUGGGUGUAAAGACCAACCAUACAAUGUUCCCUAUGAAAUCAAAUGGCUUUGGGCACAAUGCACUUUGUAAAAAAAACAAAAACUUGUCAUUGAAAAAGUUGCUAUAUUCUCUAUCAGUUAUUAUUGUCAGUUCACGUUAUUUACAUUAGGAAUCAAUCACUCAACACUUUAUCCGUAUGUUUCCUCAUUUACAGACCUAGCAUUCACAAUAUUACUAAAAUUGGUAAAAUGAAAUCUCAACUUACAUUUUGAUUUGUGCUGCUUGUGAUUUAAGUAAUCAAGUAUUGUUUAUAUACUCGCCCUCUGCUUGGUUCCCCAUACUGAUUCAACCUCAACUAAAUUGUGUGUAAAUAAAAACAACAGUGUGCAGGAUUCUGCUUCUUUGAAAGUUA